GAAAGGAAAAAGGUGAGAAAGAAACCGCCGCGGCUCUGAGCGAAACUGAAGAUCGCGGGUCAGGUGGCACUGACAGCUUCGUGGAUCUUCUUACACCAUGGAGCCUACCAAUCUGCAGAAAGCCAUACAAAUUGCAAAUAAGGCAUCUCAGGAGGAUCAGGCUGGAAAUUACGAGGAAGCCAUCCGCUUAUACCAGCAUGCUGUUCAGUUCUUCCUGCACAUAGUGAAACGUGAGCCACAGGGUAAAGAUGGCAAUCAGAAGAUCCGAGACAAGUGCAAAGAGUACCUGGACAGGGUGGAGGAGCUAAAGGAGUACCUUGAAAACAAGCAGAAAGCCAUUGAUUUGGCAAGUAAGGCAGCACAAGAAGACAAAGCCCAAAAUUAUGAAGAGGCUCUGCGCUUAUACCAGCAUGCUGUGCAGUACUUCCUACAUGUCGUCAAAUAUGAAGCUCAGGGUGACAAGGCCAAGCAGAGCAUCCGGGCAAAGUGUGCAGAGUACCUGGACCGAGCAGAGAAGCUGAAGGAGUACCUGAAAAAGAAGGAGAAGGCACCCCCCUCUAAGCCUGUGAAGGAGAACCAGUCAGACGACAAGGGGAAUGAUAGCGAUGAGGGUGAGGACCCAGAGAAGAAGAAGUUCCAGAACCAGCUCCAGGGGGCCAUUGUCAUGGAAAAGCCAAAUAUCAAGUGGAAUGACGUUGCUGGAUUGGAGGGAGCCAAGGAGGCUCUGAAAGAAGCAGUCAUCCUUCCAAUCAAAUUCCCCCACCUCUUCACGGGGAAGCGGACUCCGUGGAGGGGCAUCCUCCUUUUCGGGCCGCCCGGUACCGGGAAGUCCUACCUGGCCAAAGCUGUGGCCACGGAGGCCAACAACUCCACCUUCUUUUCCAUCUCGUCCUCAGACCUGGUGUCCAAGUGGCUCGGGGAGAGCGAGAAGCUGGUGAAGAACCUGUUCAGCCUGGCGAGGGAGCACAAGCCCUCCAUUAUCUUCAUUGACGAGAUUGACUCGCUGUGUGGCUCACGGAGCGAGAACGAGAGCGAGGCGGCCAGGCGAAUCAAGACCGAGUUCCUGGUUCAGAUGCAGGGUGUUGGGAAUGACAAUGAAGGGAUCCUGGUUCUGGGGGCCACAAAUAUUCCAUGGACUUUGGACUCUGCCAUCAGAAGAAGGUUUGAGAAGCGAAUCUACAUCCCGCUGCCUGAGGAGCACGCCCGCAGCUUCAUGUUCAAGCUGCACCUGGGCUCCACCCCCAACAGCCUCACCGAGUCCGACUUCAUGACCCUGGGCAAGAAGACGGACGGCUACUCGGGGGCCGACAUCAGCAUCAUUGUGAGGGACGCCCUGAUGCAGCCGGUCAGGAAGGUCCAGUCCGCCACCCACUUCAAGCGGGUACGAGGGCCGUCGCGGGACAACCCCAACAUCAUGGUGGAUGACCUUUUGACGCCCUGUUCGCCAGGGGAUCCAAACGCCAUAGAAAUGACAUGGAUGGACGUCCCUGGGGAGAAGCUGCUGGAGCCGGUAGUUUCAAUGCCGGACAUGCUUAGGUCUCUGGCAAACACUAAGCCAACCGUGAAUGAUCAGGACCUGGAAAAACUGAAGAAAUUCACAGAGGACUUUGGACAGGAGGGCUGAAGGACAGCUCAGUGAAACCAAAGCAGAUGGAUGUUGGUUGUAAAGUUUUUUUUUUUUUUUUUUCUUCCCCUCCUAUCCUUUUUCAUCCUGCCUUUGGGUUCAUCUUUUGGUUUCCUUUCGGUAGCAGAUGAGUGUUGACUUCAACAGAUACGUGGCUCACAGAGGGGCUUUGAAGAGUGUGUUUGUACCAUUUAAUUGUCCUUAGUUACCAAUAAAGAAUUAUAUUAAACAAUUCCUUUUUAUAAAUCUUAGGUGACUCACAAGAAUCAUUUUAAUGGAUACUUUAAAACAUGUAAAGGUCUUUUUUUUUGGUCUUGAGAGAAUCAAAGUAACAAUGCAUGCCUUUGUACAUUUGCUGCCAUUUUAAUCAUUCUGGUUUAGAAGGCGGAGUUUGCUGGAGUUUGCAUAGAGAAAAGACAUUACGGGAGCUGGCUGCAGUUUAUGAAGUUAAGAUGUUGUGGCCUAGUUUACUGCCUUAUCACUAUAUAUUUUUUUUAUAUAUUUACUUUAGUAGAAAGGCAAGUGUAGGUCAGCGCAUUGUGAUUUUGGUUCAGUUUUGAGGGAUCAUGAGAGAAAGGUACAGGACCAGAUAUGAUGAAUUGUUAGGGAGUCAAUGCAAUCCAUUAAUUCACUGCAGUUUGUGUGUCUGUGUAUAUUUCCUUUUUGUUCCCGUCUGGCUUUGCCAGAAAACAUUUUGCUGUUCUCCCAGCCUCCCGUUGCGACGUCUCAUCGCGUGGUGAUCGGCAAAGCAACGUUAAUGCGUUAAGGAUUAUUUUGAAAGUAUCCAGAAUUGUACAGAGCCUUAAGAAGGGCUUGAAUUGGUGAUGGCCUUGAAGCAGUAGAUGGCAUGGAGUCCAGUGCCGCCGUGGUAUUGGAAUGGGCUCUCUCUGCGCCAUCUGUGAUGUCAUCCACUUGUAGUGGCGACGUCCCACAUGUGCCUUCAGUACAAAUUACUGUUCUUUUCAGUUUAGCUCAGUUUUAGUUCAGGAAGCUCGGAUCUGAGAAAGAAACCUCUUCAUUAUGUGCAUUCAGAAACCCUAAUCGUUGAGAAAUGGGAGAUGUCUGGUUAAUAUUUGCACAUUUACAACCUUACUCUUUAUUGAUUGUAUAUGAGUCUACUUCUAUGCACUUACGGUGUUGGUUUUCCUCAAAAAAGCAAAAGAUACUAAAAGAAAUCCUUUAUAUGGAAAAAAAAUGUGCAUUGUAUCGAUCUACUCAGUCCUGCUUUGCCGUUAACUUUGGCUGUAAGCAAGUGUUUCUUUUGAAUGUCUUACUCAACAUUGAGUCUGGAGAUCAGAACUGAAAUUUGCACCAUUCUGUGAGUAAGUUAAAAAAUGUAACACUUGUUUGUGUUACUGAAAGUUAAGGGCAAACAUGUUUAUGGUAGGAUUAAAUAUGAUUUUUAAAAUGUUAGAAAUAAACACUCACCUGAAGACUGCUUUGGGAGUAUGUAUUAAGGGAUUUCCUGAGUCAGAAAAUUAGAGAAUUAUUUGGAUUUGCUUUGUUCCAUAUUUUCCUUGUAUAUGUAAAUAAAGCUAUUACUUAUUGGAAAUGUAUUGAUGUUGCAUUUUCUGUCUGCUGAGCUACCUGUCAUUGUACCCCUCGCCUCUGUGAAGCAAUUCUAUUGUUAUUGAUAAAACCGAAAGGAACAGAGAACAGAUCGUUUGAUUUGAACGAAUAAACAGACUAAAGCGCUAUUAAGGCGUGCAGAAUCUCAGGUAAUCGUUCUGUUUGAUUCUCUCAUUGACGGUUGUCUGUACUAUUUCUCGCAUUGUUUUUCUAGGUGUCUAGCUGUCAUUUACUCGUCACUUGUCAAAAUAUGUGAACCUCCAUUUGAAAACG